AUGUCUAAGCUCUACGUUGGUAAUUUACCCUCCGAUUGCAACGAAGCGGCCCUCAGGCAACUCUUCCAAGGUCACAACCUUUCGUGCACUACGAUACUCGUGAAACGAGGAGGUUAUGCGUUCGUUGACUGCUCGGAUCAAUCAACCGCGGAUCGGGCUAUCGACAAACUCAACGGAUACACCUAUCUCGGAUUUGCACUGGUUGUUGAGCCUUCUGUUGCAAGCGGCACGAAAAAACGGUAA